AUGUCGUCUGCGCUUCCUCCUCCGCCUCCUCCACAAUGGGUGGUCGCACUAAACUCUCCUAUGCCGCGUCCCACCAAAGCCGCCAACAGCAUUCCGGAUCCACCAGGCUUCUCCAGCAAUCGCGGAGGUAAACAGCAGAAGCAACAGCAGAAGCAACCGAUCGAGAAGAAGCCCGAAGAAACCGACGCCCUGAAGCUUAAGAAGGCUUGGGAAAUCGCCAUCGCGCCCUCCAAGCAAAUCCCCAUGAACGCGAUUAUGAUGUACAUGUCCGGCAACAGUCUCCAGAUUUUCAGUAUUAUGAUGGUUUUCAUGUUAUUCAAGGGCCCCAUUCAGGGCUUGAUUGGCACCAAUGCGGUGUUCGCGAAAUUCGAGACCCCGACCACUCGUGGGCGUUUGCUCGGUGUGAAGGCUGUUUAUGUGCUUGUACAAUUGGGACUGCUGGCUCUGGGAAUUUGGAAAGUUAAUGCGAUGGGAUUACUGCCAACAACGAGAUCGGACUGGCUAGCAUGGGAAUCAGAACGACAGCCUCUGAAGCGGGCCCACUUUGCCUUUAAAUGA